AGAAGAGUUCAGGGGAGCCAUAUGUCUAUACUCAGCUUUACUUCAUUCAUUAGGUUUGUAAUACAGGGUAAUUGGGUGUGUUCUGAGAGACAUUUGUAUGAAGCAUCAGGAAAUAUGUCAUAAUGUCAUCACUAUAAUAUUACAAACAUCGCAGCUGCUGCUUACUUCUGCCUAGGGCUGUGUGUGGGAACCUUUAUAAAGUGUACAAGCACAUCUUUUGCUCCAGUCUCAGCUUGCUGUGAAGCCUGUCAGCUAUGAGAAUCCAUUAUCUUCUACUUGCAUUGCUCUUCUUGUUCUCGAUGUCUGUUCCAGGUAAAGGAGUAUUCAUAAGUGCAUUACAAAAAUAUUUUUGCAAAAUAAGAAGCGGCAGGUGUGCAGUGCUUGGCUGCCUUCCAAAGGAGGAACAGAUAGGCCACUGUUCUUUGACUGGCCGAAAAUGCUGCCGAAAAAAGAAAUAAAAACUCCAGAAACACGAUCAUAAUGUUGUACAGCGAGAAAAUGCCUCCUUAAAACUUACAAAAACAAAAUCAAAUUAUAUAUAUGUAUAUGUAUCUAUUGUCUAUUUAGUGUA